ACCACAUUAUGUGUCGACAAGUCUUUUCCGACUAUUCACGCACCAGAUCAAGCGAUGUCCAACUCAAGUGGUUUCCCUCCUAGCCAUUAUUUGCACUUCAUAUUCCUCGUGCUUCUUUUCGCAGGAAGUGCCUUGUCAAGCGCAGUUGUCAAGACUCUACCGGGGUAUGAUGGUGAACUCCCAUUCACGCUUGAAACUGGAUAUAUUGGUGUAGGUGACAGCGAAGAUGUGCAACUAUUUUACUAUUUCGUUGAGUCUCAGAGGAGCCCUGCGCAGGACCCUGUUUUGCUUUGGCUCACCGGAGGCCCUGGCUGUUCAACUCUCUUGGCAUUCUUUUAUGAGAGUGGGCCUUUGGCUUUCACCUAUUCUGAUUAUAAUGGGAGCUUGCCGUCCCUUCAUGUGAACCCAUACACAUGGACAAAGGGCCUCAACAUAAUAUAUGUGGAUGCACCUGUUGGCACGGGAUUCUCUUACUCAAACACUUCAGAAGGCUACUACAGUGGGGACAUAGAAUCAGCAGUGCUCACCUAUGAGUUUCUGAGGAAGUGGAUGGUGGAGCACCCGGGAUUCAAGUCAAAUCAACUUUACAUAGGUGGUGAUUCGUAUUCGGGCAUAACUGUCCCAUUGAUUAUUCAAGAAAUAUUAGAAGGCAAUGAUGUUAAAGACAAUCCACGCAUGAAUCUGAAAGGCUAUGUGCUUGGGAACCCAAAGACGGAUACUUUUCUUGAUACUAAUGCAAGAAUUCCUUACGCUUACCACCUCGGUCUUAUUCCAAAAGAACUCUAUGAGACCGCAAAUGAAAGCUGCAAUGGAGACUUUGUGAAUGUGGAUUCAACCAAUGAAGAAUGUGAGACGGCUCUUCAAACCAUUGAAGUGUUGAUCCUUGAGAUUAAUAUGCAACAAGUUCUGGAACCUUCAUGCUCAAUGACAUCCCGGGAACCAAGUUCAUUGAAAAGGAAUCGACGAUCUCUAAGAGAGCAGUACAAAUCUCUUCUCCUUUCACAGCCUGAAGGUCCUGCAUUUUGGUGCCGGAAUUAUCAACUCGUGCUAUGUGGCAUCUGGGCAAACGACAAGACUGUCCGAGAAGCUCUUCAAAUUCGAGAGGAAACAAAGAGCAAAUGGAAGAUGUGCAACAGCAGCUUAUCUUACACACAGGAGCUCUCAAGUGUCAUUAACUAUCACCGAAAUUUCACUCAGGCAGACUUAAGAGCUUUGAUAUACAGUGGUGAUCAUGACAUGUCUAUUCCACACACUGCCACCCGUGGAUGGAUAAGAUCUUUUAAUAUGACACUUAUGGAUGCGUGGCGACCAUGGUACGUCGAUGCUCAAGUUGCAGGAUACACAGAGGAGUAUUCAGAAAAUGACUAUGUUCUGACUUUCGCCACCAUAAAGGGAGCAGGUCACAUAGCUGCAGUGUACAAGCAGAAGCAAAGUGCCGCCAUGCUUGAUAGAUGGUUUGCUUAUUACCCUCUCUAGUUUGCUCGGAGUUGCAACAUCAAUGACCGAACGCCUGUCUGCUUUCUGAUCCUCCCUCAUGUGAGGUUUUCAUCCAUGUUUUAUGUUUAUAUAUCUCCCAGAAUUUAGAGAUGGCCUCCCUUAUUUUUGCAAAUCCCUAUUGUAAUUUUAUGCCUACCAUCAUGUGACAUUGUGA